GGCGGGGGUGUGGUCCUUAUUCUAGGUCUCUUUGCUUUAGUCAUGUUCACCAAAGAGCAAGUGCUGACAACAGAAGAACGCGCACGCAUACAGCACGUCGGGCAAAGUGCAUGUGAGCUGUAGCAUGCGGAGUACGCAGCGUGUUCCUCUUCUCGUCUUCCUCUUCUUUCACAUUCUUACUGUUCCUUUUAAUUUCUUCAUAUUAUUUCACUGCAUACAGCUGAGCACUAGGUGGAUGUUCCUGUGAGACCACAGACCUCCAUAACAGUUCAUAGUCCAGAGAUCCACGGAUGUGACAGAGCAGUGCAGUCAUGGCAGAUGCAUCUGAAUUUGACCUGGACUACAUCACAGAGCGGAUCAUUGCUGUCUCCUUCCACCAGGCAUGCCCAGAGCAAACUUACGUGCACAACCUACACAACAUCAUGCAGAUGUUGCAGUCCAAACAUGCAGACAACUAUUUGGUUGUUAACCUCUCAGAGCCCAGGGAAGAGCUCAGGAGGAUGAACACCAGGGUACUGGAUGUUGGCUGGCCUGAGCAGCAUGCUCCAUCCCUUCGUCUACUGUGUUCCAUGUGUAAAAGCAUUGAGAACUGGCUCAGUACACACACUGAGCAUGUGCUGUUGCUGCACUGCAGGGGUAGCAAAGACCGAGUGGGAGUCGUCAUUUCAUCCUAUAUCAACCUUCCCAGCGUAUCCACCAGUGAAGAACAGGCUUUAGACUGCUACACCAUGAAGAGGUUCUACAAUGAUAAGAUGGCUUCACUGAUGACUCCGUCCCAGAAAAGGUAUGUGCAGAUGUUUGGCAGUCUCCUGAACCGUCAGUUAAAGAUAAACUCCUCUCCUCUCCUCUUCCACUGCAUCACUCUACACCACAUCCCAAAGCUUCACCCCACAGGGUGCCAGCUCUUUGUGAGGGUAUACCAAGGCAUGCAGACAGUGUGCACCACAGGAGUACAUAAGGUUGCCAUGGGUCAGACAGACAGAGUUUAUUUCGCACUGGAACCGCCGCAGCUUCUCAAAGGUGACAUUAUGAUCGUAUGCUAUCAUAAGAAUGCUGAGAGGGGGAUCAGAGAGCUUGUGUUUCGCAUGCAGUUUCACACAGGCACCCUUCAUGGACACCCUUCCUUGUUCUAUAAAAAGGACCUUGAUCUUGCAAACAAAGAUCCCAGGUUCCCUGAGAAUGGAGAGGUGGAGGCAAUGUUUUCAGAAAGCAUGGUGAGAAUUCCAGGCUUUCCUCAAGGCAGUGAUGGCUGGAGGAACAGCUCUGCAGUUGUUAUCGACUAUAACACUCUGGAUCCUCUCGUUCACUGGGACUCGUACGAGAACAUUGCAGCAGAAGCUCAGCCAAGUGAGCGCGCCCCCUCUGUGAGCAGUGACUCUGGACUAUCCAGUAACUCACAGUGGACAGGAGGACCAGUUGCUGGACUCCAGAGUGGCCACAGCCCUGAGGAGCGCACCCAGCUCCAGAGAGCCAUUACUGUAGACAACAUGGAGGGUGAGCUACCCCAUCUGGAGGUCAUUACCACUGAGCUCAUGGUUGCCAGGGACAGAGAGAAGAGAGCAGCAGGGGAAAGGUCACACCAUUUAAACAUUGCAUUUCAUGUCAAUGGUGAAACCGCAACCACAGAACGGGAAACUGAUAUUCUAGAUGAUGAAAAUGGCCCUUCUGCUAAUGGCAGUGCUGCUACAGCGCCAGACUCUAAAGAAGCAGACCAUGAGCUUCCUUCUUUAUCAUUGGCUGGAUCAGUAGGUGUUGGUGAUGGGGUCUGCCCAGCCUCAAAUGAAGUGUACAGUCAUGGAGUAAACUCUACACGGAUUCACCCACACAGCUCAGUUCCCAGCGGCUUUCAGACACACAUUUGGGUCAGGCAACAACAGCUAGUCACUGCUGAUACCUACAUGUACCCCUCCUCAGACAGAUUGGAACAGAAAGUGGGGGUGGGGCUCAAUGAAAGCAGGGGGAACAACUCCACAAUACAUAGCACUAGUGAUGCUCUGGAGAAGGAAUCAGAGGCAGAGAAGGAUGAUGAGUUUGCCUCCCUCGCCUUGGAUAUUGACCAGUCAAUUGAGCAGCUCAACCAACUGAUCCUAGACCUGGACCCUGAGUUUGAACCAGUGCCCACACGUGCCAGAGGUCACAUAAUUCGUUCAGCCUCUCUGCACACCAAUGGAAUUGCCCAUUCAGCUGGACAAGCAAAAUCCAACCAAUCAGGCAUAGACAGUAGGCAGAUUAGUGAUGUCACUAACCAGUCUGCAUACAGGAGUCCUGCUGGUGAUCUGUUACAGGCAUUACCCAAGCCUGCUUUCUCCAAACCGUCCCAGUAUGGGGGUCUUUAUGGUGGUGACACUGUGGACUAUGAAGAAUUCACUCCACAGACUGACAGAUCUUUAUGGGUGGACCUUAAUCAGCCUCCAUCAACACCUGCAUUUCCAGUGUCACCUCCUACGCCUUAUGUGAAGAGUAUGUAUGACUUUUCCCACAUGAGCCACAGUCCUCAGCCCAGUGCACAGCACCUGCUCUCAAGGACACAGCAAGAGUCACGGGGAUAUGUGGACAGUAUGACACACGUUCCUAUGUCGUCAGAUGGAGACCUUUUCCGCUCUGAAAUGACGUCAAGUCCCACCUCCUGCCAAAGGAUGUUUGGGUCCAUGCGUUCUGUUAACACCCCCAGCCCACUCCCCAUCAAUGACAGCCCCACUGCAGCUCAUUCCUGGUUAGAGAGUGGCUCUAACACCCCCCUGAGUCACUACACACCCCAGCCCUCUCCUCCGCUCCCCCUUUCUGCCCCCAAUGCCCACAGCUCUCCCCGGGGUGGCCCUCGCGGCCUGCCCUCCUCUCUGGGUGUUGGAAGUCUAGAGCUCAGUCUGCUGGAGGCUAUGGAGGGUCUGGAGUCUCUGGGCUUGGAUGGGAUACAGCCACCACUGUUACCCCAGAAGAGGAGAGGGGUGGAUGUAGGAGAGCUCUCCCUGAACUCCUCUCUCAGCCGGAGUGCAGUCAGUGCCUCAUUUUCCAGUAACAAUGGUUCACCGACAGGGUCAACACCUAGCCCAGAUCCCCUGUCCAGUAAGCCUGACACCACGAAAUUCGUUCAAGACACGUCGAAGUUCUGGUACAAGCCGGACAUCUCUAGAGAGCAGGCUAUUGCCUUGCUGAAGGAUAAAGAGCCUGGCUCCUUCAUCGUCAGAGACAGUCACUCAUUCAGAGGAGCGUACGGACUGGCCAUGAAAGUGGCCACACCCCCACCCUCCGUCUUACAGCAGAGCAAGAAAGCAGGCGAUCUGACCAGUGAGCUUGUGCGGCACUUCCUGAUCGAGUGCACACAGAAAGGGGUGAGGCUGAAGGGCUGUCCUAACGAACCCUACUUUGGCAGCCUCACCGCUCUUGUGUGCCAACAUUCCAUCACACCGCUGGCUUUACCCUGCAAACUAAUCAUCCCCGCCAGAGACCCUCUGGAAGAGCUUACUGAGACUCAAGCACAGACCUCCACAAACUCAGCAACUGAGCUUCUAAAACAAGGAGCAGCAUGUAAUGUGUGGUUCCUGGGCAGUGUGGAGUUGGAGUCUUUGACGGGGGUGCAGGCCAUACAGAAGGCCACCACAGUGAUCCUUGGUCAGAACCCUCCGGCCAUCUCCACGAUCGUCCACUUUAAAGUGUCUGCACAGGGCAUCACACUUACAGACAACCAGAGGAAGCUGUUCUUCAGGAGGCACUAUGCUGUCAACACAGUCAUAUUCUGCGCUCUGGACCCCCAAGACAGAAAAUGGAUGAGAGACGGUUGCUUGGCUGCAAAGAUCUUUGGCUUUGUGGCUAGGAAGAGUGGUAGCAGCACAGAGAACGUGUGUCACCUGUUUGCAGAACAUGACCCCGAGCAGCCUGCCAGUGCUAUCGUCAACUUCGUCUCCAAGGUGAUGAUUGGCUCUCAGAAGGCCAAGUAGAACCAUGCCUACAAUCAGCCACUCCCAGCACCAUGGUUGGCUGAUUUCACAUUCCCCAUAUUUAAUAGUCUCUCACACAUUGCACUCUGAAUCCAAAACCACAUGGUAUAUUUUUUCUACACCCCUAGAAAUGAAGCUGCCGAUGAAGCGAUGAAGAAGUAGAAGAAACAUUUUGGUUCCCUGUAGGAACUUUCCCUUCAGUGAAUCACUUUUUAAAGGAAUACCCUCAUGUUUUUCAGCCCUAAUCUCUAUCUGCUGCAUCUCUAGCAUGUGAUCACUCAGAUAAUUUAGACGUUUUUCCCUGUACUUAGUAAAAUAGCAAAAAACCUGUUGACUGAAAGCACACUGCCCAUCGGCUUUUAUUAUAAGUGUAUUUUGAGUCAGUUGGUUUUCUAUUCUUUUACUAAGUUCAGCAAACUAUAAUUGUCCAUGGUAAUACUUGAUGUUAUAGAUGUGGAAAUAGAGAUUAGGUUAAAAAGCCAUCUUUUGAAAGCUUCUUUAGGGAACUAAAGUUUGCUAAAAAAAAGAAUUCGUUUGGCAUCUUAAUGUUUUAGAGGCUUCUAAAGACUGUUAAUGACACUGCCAGUGUGGGCUUUUGAUGAGUAAAAUGAGUUUAAUGAGUAUAAAACUUUGUUAACUUACACUGUUAAAAAUUAAAAGUCAAGUUGGAAUUUUAAGUCAACCUUCUCCACAGCGUUAUUUAUUUUUCUUAAUUUAGUUCUCCUUACAGCCAUUUUUUACUGAUUCUAAGUUAGGUCUACAAAAUACAGAUUAAAUUGAGCAAAUUAAAAAAAACAGUUAAUGUGGUGGAUUUGCUUAAAUUUUUAUGUUGAAUUUUUACUCAGUUCUUAUCCCCCAAUUUAUUCAUUUAAGCAAUUCCCUCCCACAGUCUAAAACUGCCCCUAACACACAUUUAAAAAAACAAUUGUGCAGAAUGUUGACUUAAAUUUUUUAGCUGACCGACCUUUAGUUUUUCUAGGGUAGCGUUCAUAGUGCUACCAGCUGCUUUGUGUUCCUACACAACUAGACCAAUAGAGGGAGUCCCAGUGUCUCUGCUUAAAAUAACUUUAAAUUACUGGCUGUGACCGUUGCAAAAAGAGGUCGGCAGCACCAUGUGAUCUAAAUGCCAGAGCUGCAGUCUGCCCUGUGCCAAGUCGGCAAGUUGUGUGAGAACGCUUUCCCAAGCCACUUUCUAGUAAGCCUCAAUUUGAAAGUCUUUUGUUAAAUCCAAACAGCUUACAGCACCAUUUAGCUCUCCAGUGCCUCCUCAGUCACUUCAUGUUUCUAAGACUCAGUGAAACUGCGCUGCAUCCUCGAAUUUACUAGAACUGGGUUCAGACAUGUAGUUGGUAAUGUUGGAGAAAUCUGACUGAAUGCCUAAUUUUGCUCAGCGAAAUGCAAGCAAACCUGAUUAGCAUGUGUAUAGAGCAAAUUUCUUGGUUAUGACGGUCCAUAAAAGUUUUGCAGAGCAAGUCAAAGCAAAUACUGACCAAAAGAACUCAAUGGCUGAACUGUUUAAACAUGAGGAUAAUAAGGGCUACACUCAGCACAAGCCAUAUUUAUUAUAUACACAGAUACUAUCCUACUUUUAAAAAUCCAUUCCUACUUUUUUGUUUUCCUCAUCGUAGACCAAUGACCAGUUGUGUUAGUAGGCCUUAUAUUAAAGAACAAAUUAAAUAUGUUGUCAUGUCUAAUGCACAUUUAGCAAUUUCUUUGAGCGAAGAGAAAUCUGUCAUGCCUAUGGUUAAAUAAACAUGUAAGAUUUUAAGUGUUGAAAAACAUUCUUUUCUUUUGCAUAAAAUAAAUGACAUAUUUUACCAUUAACUGCAUCUAAACUGUUAUAUAGUUUUAUUUUUUUAUGUUGUGCUCAGCAGUAAGUGGUGGCAUUUACAAUAAACUGUAUUUGUUUUUCUGUUGUGUUCUAGCUUAUAUUUUGUGUAUACCCCUUUCAUAUUCAUUGAUUUAUGUUUAAUCUGACAGUAGAGAAAAGUCUGGUUUGAUUAUUCAGUUGUGUAAACCUGUAAAUUAUAUAUCCGUGUUGACAAGAGAAAAAACCUGGAUAUUAUUUUAAAGCCAAAUCUCCCCCAUGUUAAUGCAGUGUACAGUAAUGAUGCUAGUACAUUGUAGUUAUCUACAGACUUCAGUAUUUGCUGUGUAUAUAGUAUACAAGCUGUUAGAUACAAACAGGACGUUUAAACAGUUCAUACCGUAUAUAUUUAUUCUGUAAAUAGACUUUAAAAGUUACAGUAGAUCCUAAACUUAGCGUGUUUUAACACAUCAGAUAUGGAAUUUACUAACUCUUUUUUUUCUUCACGUACGAAGGAAUGACAAAUACAUUUUAUUGUCUCUUUGUGUUGUUAUGUUGAGGUAAAAAUCUCUCUGUAUCACUUUCUGUAUAUUACUAAACUCUCCUAUAACUCAUUUAUUUUGUAAAUUACAGUUGUAUAUACUACAUCCUACAUGCUCACAAUAAAAUAAAAGCAAAUUCUCAUA